CGACCACAUUGUCCGCUACGAAUCCGCGAUCAUAGCGCGAGCACUGGGCACUGCUACCGAUGGACUUCGAAGACCCGAGUGGUUCCGGUUACGUUCCUUGGUAUAGGAAACCCAAGGAUCUGCAACCCUACGUUCUUUCAAAACUUCUGACUUCCGAUAAACAACAUCUUCAAUGCACUGCAUGUUUUCCAUGGACCGCAGACUCGUUGGACAUCCUCUGGGGCGGUCACGCCGCGCAAGACCCACAGCUGGUUGCCCAGUGGAAAGACGUGGCGAAAAAUUGGACGGGGGCCAUUGCUGUAGGCGCAGAGGGUCGUCUACUUGUAUUCCCAAAGCUCGCAACGGCGAAGCCAUCAAUUGCAGUGACUAUAGCCGCGUCGAAGGAGCAGGCGAACACACGGGUGGAUCAUGUCACCUGGGCUAUCAACACUAACCGCCCUCUGGAACCUUUGAUCGUGUUCACAGUUUCUACCGUGAUACUUAUCUUCGAUGUCAGCUCACAGACUCUCGUCGGGAAACUACGCGGUCAUGGCGGACCUAUCACCUCGCUUUCUGUUCACCCCACGCUGCCUCACUUGUUUGCAACUACGUCAAGAGAUUUCACGACCCGUCUUUACGACCUUGCCUUGUAUCCGGUUCAGGCACCAAACAAUCCACACUGGCUUCCGCGUACAGAGCCCAGCCUCGCAGGUCCUGCCCAUGGCCUACAUAUGUGCGAGCCGGAGGGUGAAGGUAUAGGCCAAUGUGUUGCGGUCAUGGUUGGAGGUCGCUCUGGAGGCCAUAAAGGCGCUGUGCUGUGUGCUGUGAGUCCCUCAGUCUAUAAGCUGUGGAGUACGCCGUACUGA